CUGAAGGCCCGUUUAAGUUCGUCCGAUCAUGUCUUCCCACUGCCAGCUCCGGAGCUUGACAUGGCUACUUGAAGACAACCGUUGGUCCGAAAAGAGAUCUAUUCUCUGCACAUAUUAAUAAUAACAUGCCAAAAAAAAGAUUCAUGUAAGUGAGCUGUAUCUAAUUUAUAUAUGGAUCUUCUGAACCAUACAUGGAUCGCCUCUCCGAGAUAUUUACAGAAAUUAGAUGCAGUUGUGGCAGCUUAAUGUCAAAUAUUUUUAACAUACAUGGGCCACUGUGUGCUUUGACAUGAGAAUCGUUGGGGUUUACAUGUGUUAAUCAAGUGCUACCAAAAAAGCAAAAGCAUAGGAGGGACAAACUGCCCCCACAUGCGGAGCUCUAUUGGGUUACACAAUUGUCAAAAUAUCAUAUCUGGCCCAAUGGGCCUUAAAGUAAAAAAUAAUAUAAAACUCUCUACUUAUUCCAAAAAAAUCCAAUUUCUCGCGAACGUCAUCGUCGCACUCUCCUUCCGAUCAAGCUCGCCGGCGUUAAUAUUCUGUUGAUUCAGCUGUAAGCCAUGGGAGGCCACGGUGGUUUGAACAUCCUCCCGCAGAAGCGGUGGAACGUCUACAACUUCGACAACAGAGAGAAAGUCCGCAAAGACGAGGAAGCCGCCGCCAAGGAAGCUCAGAUUCAGCGCGAGGAAGCCAGGAAACGAGACGCCCAGUCUCGUCUCGAGGUUCUCCGCAACGUCCGCGGCUUAGCUCCUCUCAAACGACCUUCUCCCGAGGCGGAGAAAGGUAAAGACGCCGCUCCUGCUCCUGCUACUGCUCCUGCUUCCACCUCCGCGAAGAUUGUUGAACCGGAGGAGCCUAAGACUGGUCACAUCAAUCUCUUCGAAGGGAUCAAGAUCUUCGAUCCCAUCGAGCUGCCGAAGAAGGAUGGUGAUAAGCCUGGGGAGGAGGAAGAUCACAGGAGGAAGAAGAUGAGGAAAGAAGCUGCUGCAACUGCGAGAGCCUCUGCGAAAGAUGCUGCUGCGAGGGCGGGGGAUCCAGAUGAGGAGAAGUAUAGAUUGGGGUAUGGUGUUGCUGGUAAAGGAGUGAAGCUUCCUUGGUACGUUGAGAACAAGCGUAAGUAUGAAGAUAGAGUUGGUUGUGGCGGUGAGGAGGAUGAUGAUGAUGGUGGACGUAGAAGUGAGUCUAAGAAGAAGAGUGGGAAGAAGAGCUUGAAGGAGCUGAGGGAAGAGCGGUUGAAGAGGGAGAGAGUUGAGAAGGAAAGAGAGAGAGCCCUUUUCAUGAAACAGAGCCAGAGAAGCGGUGGCUUUUCACGUAGGCGGUGAUUAAAUCACAAGGAUGACAAAGAAGACGUGUUGCAGAGAGAUUCGAAGACAGUUUCACAUUAUGUAAGCCUCUUUUCGUCAUCUAUCCAUGUAUAGAGAGAUGUUUCAACAGAUAGAAAAGUGGAAAGGAUGUGUGGUGAGUUUAUUGGUGAAAUCUUUUAUUAUUUGCUUCCUGCUCAAAGAGUUAAUUGCCCUCAAAACUUCAGUGUACUCGUUGCAAAAAUAUAUUAGUAACUA